AUGUGUGGGAACAGGCGCACAGUCACCAGUUGAACCGAUUAGCUUGUUCAAACUCACCUCUUUUCAGCUCACUUUGAGUCGUUUUGUGGGAUUUUUUCACAGCUUUCCGGAUGCAAUGACGUUUUGCCAGGAAGUCCUUGGCAAAGAGGAGUGCAUCACACCCCCUGCAGAGUGAUGUCUCAGUUUUCUGCGGAGGAUGAGGCUGAGCUCCAGUCCCUGCUGAGACAGCUCCUGAAAAGUGUCAAGGAGAGAAUCUCAGGGGCGCCUUCAGUGGAAUGUGCGGAGGAAAUCUUGCUGCACCUGGAGGAGACUGACAAGAACUUCCACAAUUAUGAGUUUGUCAAGUAUCUGCGGCAGUAUGUUGAGAGCACGCUGGGGGCAGUUAUUGAAGAGGAGACUGAGAACUGUGCUAAGGGUGACGGUCAUACCAUUGGGUCAGGUCAGGACACCCUGGUCCAUGCUGUCACACGAAGGGCUAGAGAAUCUGCACAAUAUAAACAGAUGAUGCAGACCUUAAAGCAGACCAUGAUGGUGAUUGUGGAAUCGCUGAUCAAUAAAUUUGAAGAGGAUCAGCUGAAGAAGGAGGAGAUGCAUAGAACAAGCCAGCAUGAACAGUCAAGCAGCCACUACACAGACAACUGCUCAGACAGCGACUCCUCCUUUAAUCAGAGCUAUGCCUUCAUCAAGCAGGAGCAGCUGCAGGUCAUUUCUGAGAAGCUUGACCCAAGUAGACCAAGAGAGGUACGUUGGGAAGCCUUACAGUCCUUAUGCUGUGCUCCUCCCUCUGAUGUCCUGAGCUGUGAGAGCUGGACUGGUUUGCGCAGAAACCUCUCAGCUGCCCUCGCUGACCCUGAUCCUGACCUCAGUGACAAGGUUUUACGCUUCUUUGCAAAAACAUUUUCUUCCUCCCCUCUGAACGUGACAAGGGAAAUAUACACCAGCUUAGUGAAAAGCCUGGAGAGUGACUUUCUGUACCACAAGCUGAGUUUUCCUGCUGAGUCAGCGGGCAUGGAUGUGAAUAGGCCAGAUAUUGCUCGCCUGCUUAAACAAAUGCGAUUAAUGAAUGACUUCCAGCAAGAAGUGACAACGUUUUGGAUACGCCAUCCUGAGAAGUACAUGGAAGAGAUCAUAGAGAGCACCCUUGCACUUCUUGCUCUACAUCAUGAACACGGCAUAGGCACUCACGGCUCAGAGAAAGCUCUAGAGCCAGUGCAUUUUCUUUCUCUUUUGGACAUCAAAGCCACCUGGUUCAAGAAGUGGAUGCAUGGCUACUACAGCAGGACUGUUGUCUUGAGGCUUCUUGAAAGGAAAUACAAGUCAGUGAUUGUUACAGCAGUUCAGCAGUGCUUUUAUUACUUUGAGUCGUAUGACCCUGUAAGAGAGGAAACGUUGGAGAUCGCUCAUGCUAUGGAGCAUCAACAGAUCGGCCCUGCUCAGAGAAGCUUUUACAGUGCUAAGGAGCUGGAGUACACUUACUUCGUUCACUCGCUCUGUGUGCUUGGGAGGCUUCUGAUGUACACUAACGGGAGGAAACUUUUUCCCAUCAAAGUGAGGAAAAGGAGAGAUCCGGUAACUUUGACUGACUUGGUGGUAAUCCUGAUUAAUAUCAUGUACCAGCACCCAAACACGUCAUACUCCGAUUCUGCCCACACAGACUCACUGUCUCCCACUACUCUGGUGACGGAGGUCCUGAAGACCUUGUGUGAACGUACUGAAUGUGCAGUGGAGUGCAUCUAUCAGACCCCUGUCAUAGAGACUCUGCUGGCCCCCAUCCUCGCUCUGCUUAAAGGAAAGCCGGCCAAAUUAAAUUCCCCAGAAAGCAGCCUCACUCACAUUGCGGACACGCUGGCAAGAAUCGCUACCACCCAGCGUGGUUUAGCAUUGUUUCUUUAUGAGAGGAAGCUCGUCUCAGCUGAAGGUGAAGGUAUUUCAGCGGCCCAUGUCAUAGUGCAGUUUACUCAGAAGCUGCUGGCUAAAGAGUUGCCCGCAUCCACGGAGCUGGAAAACUCCCCCGCUGUAAAGGGCGCCUUCAUCUUUGUGUGCCGCCAGAUGUAUAACACGUGCGAGGGUCUACAGGUGCUCAGACCUUACAGCCUGCACGAGUGCAUAGCUAAAGCCUGGAGGAAGACGAGCUCGCUAUCAGAGAGAGUUCCCACCCCUGUCCCUGGAGCCGUCCCAUCAUCAUCAUCCUCCCAGGAGCUCCAGAACGCAGUUGCCUGGGAGGAGGUGCUGUUGGACAAUCUGCUGAACUUUGCAGCCACACCUAAAGGGCUGCUGCUGCUUCAGCAAACAGGGGCCAUCCAUGAGUGUGUCACCUACAUGUUCUCCAGGUUCACCAAAAAGCUUCAGGUGAGCAGGUGUGAGAAGUUUGGUUAUGGUGUAAUGGUGACCCAGGUUGCGGCUACGGCCCCUGGCAUUGUUGCGUUGCACAGCUCAGGUUUCAUCCAGGCUAUUGUGGUUGAGCUGUGGUCUGCUUUGGAAUGCGGCAGAGAGGAUGUGAGAGUUGUCCAUCCUAAGUCCACUCCAAUGGAUCCAAUAGACAGGAGCUGCCUGAAGUCUUUCCUAACACUAGUGAACCUGAUGUCCUCUCCACACGCUGUGUGGGAGCUGCUGGGCCACCAAACACUUCCCAACAAGGCUGAGUACAACCUGAGAGAAAUGCCCACCUCUAUUAUUGAUGUGAUGGACCGCCUUGUUGUUAUCAACUCUGAUGCAAAGAUACACUCCCUGUUCAACUACGAGCAGUCGCACACUUUUGGCUUGAGACUCUUAAGUGUAAUGUGCUGUAACUUGGACUCUCUCCUGCUGCUGGAGUCUCAGUACAAGCUCUCUGACAUUUUGCUGCAGAGUCAGAAGGACAAUGCCAUAGAGUCUUCCUCUGGUGAAGGAGAGUUCAUCAUUGAUGGCCUGUCUGUGGAGAGAAACCACCUGCUGGUUCGGAUGAAUGCAAUUGGUGGGCCUUCUGAAAGGAGACUUCCGCCCAGAGCUCUGCAGAAGGGGUCUGAUCCAUACCCAUGGCCAAUGUUCUCAUCUUACCCUCUGCCCAACUGUUACAUCCCUGAUGUACCAAAGCCAUCGCGGACUAAACAAGACUCAGAGAUCAGUGCCUUUCUGGCCUCCUCUAAGGAGACAGAGAGAGAUGAGAACUGGAUGGAGAGCUGCAGGAGACACUACUGCAAAGCCAUGACCUCUAAAUCCACUGUUCUCACUGGAAAUGUGCUGGCUGAUCUGCUGGAGAAAGCAGUGCUGCACCUGUCCUCCUCUUCAGCCAACUGCUUCUUCCCUCCUGCAGAAUACAAAGUGGUGGAUCACUAUGUAAAGACUCGCAACCUGACAUCUGUGGAACAGCUGGGCAUCAGCAUCUCUCUCAGGUAUGGUUUAUUCCUGAAGUUACUGAGGGAGGAUUCAGAGCAGGAUCUCUGUCUUCUCAUCAAACACUGUCAGGAGUUCCUCUCUCAGCAGCGCGUCACACUCCAGUCUGAACUCUGUUAUCUGAGGGGAGGCUACCCAGGCCAUGACUGGUUCUCCUCCACCAUUUUCCUGCUGAUGGGUGGGGACGUGGGCCGCUCCCUCAGUCUGCUGCUGCGCUUCUCUCGCCUGCUGCCCUCGGCUGUCCUCUGGCCAGCCCGACUCUACAGCUCUAUGCAUCUACCAGUGGAAAUAGCUCAGUCUGGAAUCCCCCCACUGUACUCGUGCACUGCUCACUACGUGGAGAUGCUGCUGAAGGCAGAGGUGCCUCUGGUCUUCUCAGCGUUUAGGAUGUCUGGCUUCACUCCCUCUCAGAUGUGUAUACAGUGGCUGGGCCAGUGUUUCUGGAACUACUUGGACUGGCCUGAGAUCUGUCACUAUGUGUCCACGUGCAUCAUCAUGGGACCAGACUACCAGGUGUACAUGUGCAUUGCCGUGCUGAAGCACCUGCAGCAGGACAUCCUCCAGCACGCACAGACCCAGGACCUGCAGGUCUUCCUCAAGGAGGAUCCCAUCCACGGCUUCAGAGUCAGUGAUUAUCUGGAGUAUAUGGAAGGCCUGGAGCGCAGUUACAGAGGCAUGGUGCUCACCGACAUGAGGAGCGUCUUACUGAAGAGCACCUAGUAUUUCAUGUCGUUCAUAUGGGAUGUCCAUGGACCUAUUAAGUGCGAGUCGGUGACUUUGGGAUGGGCAAGUGUUCACAGUAAAAUGAAAUGAAUAAAAAGGAGUAAAAAUAGAAGGAGUAUAAAAUCAGAUUUCUGGUGCAAAAAGGAACAAAGGUCCUGUUGUUCAUUAGGUCUUAACAAUUAAGUUUCAGAGAUUUUUGGCCAGUUUUCCAGACUCAGAUUAAGCCUAAAGACUGUUACACAACACAACAAAGAAACAACAUGAAAGUACGAAAUAGUUGAACAUAUGAUUUUUUUCAUGGUGUUCUUUCCACAAAAAAUAAAUAAAUAAAUAACAAACUGUCCAUUGCUCCUCACCAAAUGGGCACAUGGUGUCACUGGGCAGGCUGCUUUCCAUUUUUGAAAAGCCGAAAGGGGCAUGGAGAGUUUCACUGGCUCACUGAGAAGCUGAGAGCUUUUGCAGAUAGCUUGGGUUUAUGUAACUCGGUUUGAGGCCUUUUUGAGCUUUUUUUAUGCUAACACCAUCUAUAACAAAGCAGAAAGUGAACUAAUCUUUUUGAUGUUUAUGAAAAAGUUUUGGUUGCACCAGAGACAACAGUUGGAUCGAAUGAGUUUGUAUCACCUGCAAAAGUUGGCAAUAAUUGAACAAAUAGCGGACGAACUCCAUUUAAUGCAUUUUUGCCAUCUGAAAAACUGUGUUCACAAGACAUCAUUAGUUAUACAUGUGUUCUAAUUAAUUUAUUGAUGUUCACAUAAAUCUUAAAUAAGUCAUGCUCACUCUGUAAAGGCCUAAGGACCAGUCUAAAAGUAAUUUCCAAUGGUGAUUCACCAUCUUCACUGCAAUUAAGUCCAUGAGUAAGCUUAAGCCAUGUGCGGUAAACUGGCCCUUAGAGUUUUAAGUCUUGUUUUUGCUGCAAUCUUUAAUUUGUACAGUUCAGUUUCCUUUAUCCUGAGUGCCAGGUUGAUUUGUUCAGCUGCAGUGUCUGUGGAAUACUGUUUUUUUUCUAUUUUUUUCCUCCUUUAAAGAAAGAAAAGGAACAUCCUGCCUUCUGUAUGGAAAUGGAACACAAGCAGCAAGACAUGCUGCGUGCAGUAUGACACAGGAUUUGUAUUUGUGUGCUAUUUGAGAUGGAAAAGUAAAUGCUGUUUUGUAACAUGCCCUGUAUAUUUACUGAGACCUAUCUUGUUUUAAAUAUCAUGUAAAUAUUUUUUCUGUUUCAUCUCAGUGAACACAGUUGUGAAGUUAGUAAACAGUGAC